AUAACGCUUUCCGCCCAACAGAUGCUGCGUUCAGGUGCCAGAUGAAAUGUACCAGCGGAACUGCUGUGAUAAUAAAAGGCAUCCAGUCAUCAUAAUCAUAAGUUUAAACGGGAGUUCCUUAUUUACCUCGUGGCCAUGAAUGCAGCACAAUACAUGUCGAGUCUUCACAUCCACUCACAACAUUCUCGCAUGGAGUGAUUCAUGUUGUACUAAGUGUACAGCCUGUGCCCAUAAAAAGACAAGCGCAUUUCGUAGUGUUAAGCCAAGCCUAAACAUGCCCGAUUCUGGAUCAAGUGAAACCGGUUCGAAGGUUUCAGACCCACAACAUUCCCAGAAACUCCUCAGGGUCCUUCGCAUCUUCUGGCAGGAGCAAAGCUUCCACGAUGCGCUGCUGGUGGUUGAUGGAGAGGAGCUUCCUGUUCAGAAAAACAUCCUGGCUGCUGCCAGCCCUUAUAUCAGGACCAAGCUGAACUACAAUCCUCCAAAGGAAGAUGGGUCUACAUACAGAAUUGAGCUGCAGGGGGUCUCCAUGCCCAUCAUGAAACAGAUCCUGGACUACAUCUUCAGUGGUGAAAUCACUUUAAGUGAAGAGACCAUCCAGGACAUGGUGCAGGCGUCCGACCUGCUCCUUAUGUCUGACCUGAAGUCCCUGUGCUGCCAGUUCUUAGAGAGCUGCAUCACUGCAGAGAACUGCAUCGGCAUCCGGCUCUUCUCUCUGCACUACUGCCUUUACCACGUCCACUAUGCCGCCACUGAGUUCCUGCAGACACAUUUCGGCGAUGUGGCGCUCACUGAGGAGUUCUCAGAGCUGACGCCGGACCGGCUCUGCGAGGUGCUGGCUAUGGAAAAGUUGAACGUGGGCAAUGAAAAGCACGUGCUGGAGGCUGUGGUGCGAUGGUUCGCACACGACCCAGAGGAUCGCAGGGUACACAUGAAGGAAGUGAUGUCUGCAGUGUGGCUACAGGGCCUGGACCUGAGCUACCUGAGAGAACAGGCCAUGGGGGAACCACUGAUGAGGGAGGUGAUCAGAGAGUACUGUCAGCCGGUGCUGAGGGCUGGUCAGCUGCAGGGUGAGGCGCUGCUCGCCGCCUUCAAGCCCCGAGGUUACUCAGAGUGUAUAGUUAUCUCUGGAGGAGAGGAUCGCAAAAGCAGGAAGCCGACUGCCGUGACACGCUGCAUGUGUCCGCUCUACGACACCAACAGACAGGCCUGGAUCGAGCUGCAGCCAAUGAGUGUCGCCCGCCUCGGCCACGGGGUGGUCGCUGCCGAGGGUUUUCUGUUUGUGAUGGGCGGAGCAGAUGAACACAAAACAGUCCUGGACAGUGGAGAGAAAUAUGACCCUGAAUCCAACACCUGGAGCCCCAUACCCCCAAUGCUACAGGCUCGUCAGAACUUUGGUGUGGUGGAGCUGGACGGUCUGAUCUACGUUCUCGGAGGAGAGAACGAAGAAACGGAGCUGGUCACUGUUGAAGUGUUUGACCCUCACUUCAGUACCUGGAGAAUGCAGACCAGCAUGACCAUGAUCCGCAAGGUCGGCUGCUAUGCCUCAAUGAAUAAGAAGAUCUAUGCCAUGGGUGGGGGCUCCUACGGGAAGCUGUUUGACUCUGUUGAAUGCUUUGACCCCAAAACCCAGCACUGGACGGGCCUCUGUCCUCUGAAAGAGAGAAGGUUUGGUUCGGUGGCGUGUGGUGUCGGUCAGGAGCUCUAUGUGUUCGGUGGAGUUAGAAGCCAAGAGCACGACAACCCCGAGCAAAGACAAAUGAUGACCUGCAAGUCUGAGUUCUACCAUGAUGAGAUGAGGAGGUGGAUGUUCCUGGAUGACCAGAACCUGUGUAUUCAGACCAGCUCAUCCUUCGUGUACGGUGCUGUGCCCAUUGGAGCCAGCAUCUAUGUAGUGGGAGACCUGGACACAGGAACAAGCUUUGACUACAUCCGGGAGUUUCGGCGCAGCACUGGAACAUGGCAUCGCACCAAGCCUAUGUUACCCACCGACCUCUCCAAAACAGCCUGUGCCGCCCUGCGCAUCGCCAACUGUCGACUGUUCCGCCUCCAGUUGAGCCAGGGCAUGUUCCGAAUCAGAGUCUGACUCCUUUUUUGCACACUGGUACUUUCUACCUGCUAUAGUCUGGGUUUAGGGGUUGUAUUAACAUUGAAAUAUUACAGUGACUAGAUGUUGGGGUUGUGACUGUCCGUUCAAGGGUUCAUACUCGAGACCCUUUUGCUGUAUGACGGCACAAAACUUAAUCUAAACGCGUUAUUAUAAUAUUAUAGGUUUUGUGGAAUUUAAAAAAAAUCGAAAUAGUGUUUUCUUUUUAAUGUGGGAUUUGAUCAGUUUUUGCUUUUUAUUUUAAUGGACAUUCCUCAUUUGUAAUGUUUACUGGUAAUAUGUUGCUUGGUGAGGGAUUUAAACUGUAAACAACACUUGAUAACGAACUACCACGUAACUACAUAAGGGGAUUAUGAUGCACAUUUUAAAAGUACCGCUGUGUUGCAAUUUGCAUUUUAGGCUCUAUUGUGUUGUUUGACGGUGUAUUGUUCAUCUUUCUGGUUAAACAUAGAUGACAUGAUCAUUUUUCCAGAUAUCUGCAACCGCUAGAGUGGGUAGAAAAUCUUCAUCAGUGAUCUAAAUCUUCAGUGGGAAGUGAGACUUUGGUGUCAGUCCUUUUAGAAUGAAAGAGCACGGGGACUUUUUGCAGCAGUCACAUGGGAAGAACUCCACUGUUCAAGGCAGAUACCAGUACCACCUUUUUCCACUGCUGCUAGACUCGGAAUACACCAGAAUGUAGUGCUGCCACAAGAAUAUGCAAAGCAGUGGAAUAUCAGCUUGCCUCAUUCGUCUGUGCAGCUUUCUCGUUUUAAAAUGCUGACAAAUUGCGUCAGCCAGUGUGUCCUGCUUUACUUUAUGUUGCAUUUUGAUUGUUAGGUUUGUAAGAUGUGGGCCGCAGCAGCAGUCACAUUGUGAGAAUUUGGUCCUAAAUUUCUGGCUGUCAGAAUUUUGAUGCAGCUUUUUGAGACUGUCCUCCAAAGACAAACAGCAUCAGCUGUUUCGAGUAGUUUGUGGCUGCAGUACCGGAACUGCAUUUGUAGGACCCUUGUUUUCCUUGACACUAUGUUACUCUUGACUGCCCCCGAAGCCCAUUAGCCUUAACCUAACCAUCACAGGGCGUGUGCCUAAACCUAAGUUAUCGUCCACCGGUUAAACCUACAGCUGCGUACGUUGGCCGUGCAGACAGGGUUAACCUCCUUUAUGUUGCUGUGCAUGACCACUACCAAUCUACUAGAUGGAGCUGUCACAAAAUAACUACAGUCCUUGAACUGCAGUCCCAGGGCUGCGGGGGUCCUGAAAAUGCAGCCUCUGGUACUGAAGCUUUAUAAUAUUGAUUGUUUCAGCAGAUGCCAAAAACCAUAUUUGUUUACAUUCAAAGUUCAAAGCCCCCUAGUGACCGUAGGAAUGAUGUAUGGAUCAACAAAACAACUGACUUUAACUUGAGAGACCUUCUUGUUUCCUAGCGACUGUCAACGUUGCUUUUAACAAUUUCCCAACAUUAACCAAGGAGUUAUUAUUGUAACCAUGACGACGAUGGCCUCCUGACCUUAACGUAGUAGUCAUUUCAGCCCAAACCCCAACCAAGCGGUUUUUGUGCCUAACCCUAACCAGUUGUUAACCAUCAGAUUUGAAGGCACACACCAACGAUGGCUUCCUGCUGAUAGGGCAUCAAAUCAGAUAAUCAUUGUUGUUUUAGUUGGAGCAGCACAAAAUUACACAGUGUGUAAGGACUUUUUAGUGCCACUAGUUUCACUAGUGUUUCACUAGAAACCUCUGCUCUGCCCAGAUGCACUGCAUUAAACGAAUGUUUGCACGUUCGAGCACAAGCACUUUACUUGACAGUCAGUUUCUGUUCAGAAAUAGACGUGGCUGCGAGUGACACUCUUGAGUUGCUGGAUGUGUUGCUGCCUUCGUGACCUCUGACAUGGCUUUCCAGUCAGUACAGUUUUGGCAUCCCUUGACCCCAUUUGUUCUGUGUGAGUUACAGCUGCUGCUGUCUGUCCUCAGCACAGGGGCAGCACUUACAAAGCAGACACACACUCGGUGGAGGUUAUUUGUGUUGAUAGAAACGUAACUCUCAUAAUAUCAGAAAGGCAAUACACCUCACACACUAAAGACAGGAUUGAAACUGAGGUCUGACCAAUAGUUCUUGUUCUUGUAUUGUAAUCAUGGGACACAAAAACUUGAGAUAAUCCUAUACAAUUUAAACAAAUAAUGUACAUUUAUGUGUUCUUGCGUGCAAAACUGUGUGUCACUGGAAAUGUCCUACCUUGAUAAAUAUCGUCAGGAGGUGUUAAUUUUAAGUUCUGCUGAUGUAACUAGUAUGGUGCGACCUGUUUUUACAAAUUUUAACGCAACUAGUGCAACAGGCUGCAAGUCUUAUAGUACACAGGCCAACAUUAGCCAACAACUAUAUUUGAGCUGGUUUCUGUUGUAAAUGGUUUGUUGACAUCACUAAUGUUGUAAAUACAGCAGCAGAACAGGAUUACAUUAUGAAUUAUGAGAAGCAAAAUUAUAUAUAUUAUAUGGAAAAAGUGAAAAGGUCAGUAUUGGUCAAUAUUGCCACUGUGUCACACCCCAGUUGAAACAUAUGGGAGAAAAACAACAAUUCUCAUCCACUAUGUUCAAACUGUUAUGACAGACCAGAUUAAAAACAGGAUUUCCUGGAGCUCAUAGUCACUCCUCUGAGACACUACAAAGCAGCAGGACCAGUCUGCUGAGGGCCUCAAUGUGAAUAGUGUGCUUCCUUGUUUUUGCAUAGACACUUAACAUUCCAUAGUGUCUCGUCAUUUACAGUAAAUACUACAUUAAUUUCCGAGCUGCUCUGUAUCCUAAACAGUGCUGGUUACCAGCCACGACAGUGUCAUUGGGAUGUGUGUGUGUGUGUGUGUGUGUGUGUGUGUGUGUCAUCAACCCAAAAUAUGGUUCUGGAGAAUACUUACUGUGGCGGGAACUACCACUGAAGCAUUUUGAGUACUUUGUCAGGUGUUUCUUUGUCAACACGAUAGUGUCACAACAGCGCAAGAUGCAGUCAUGAAACUUUACACUUGUGUAGUUGAGAUCAAAAUGACUGUUGAGUAUAAAAAUGGCUGGUCUGAGCAAUGGAGCCAGAACAAAGGGGGUAGGAAGUAGGGAAGGGUCCAUUGGCCCCCUACUUUACACCCCUGGCCCACAUUUGUUUUUAAGUUGUGGAACUAGCUUUACUAAGAUGGCAAGAUCCAGACAGCCAAAACAAACAAUUGCUGUUGGACAUUCAAUAUUUAUGUUCUUGCCAAACAAAUUUUCAUUUAUCUUUUGCCAAUAAUGACACAUUCUAUAUUUGUGACUAACCAUGUUUAAUGUUCUACAUUACUUGUAUCAAACCAGGGAAUAUUUUAACCACAAAAAAAUAUAUAAACAAACAUAGGUUAGGAGUUGACCCUGCGAGGACGGCUAUGCAUAUUGAAUAAAUUUGGCACCUGUUCCGCCGGGCUCACUUCUCUCAUGCCAUGUGUUUCACCACAGCAUACACACCGAUCUGGCGUCGCUGCUGGUCUCUAGUUGGUCUCUAGUUCUCACAUGUUAACAUCAUAUGGCUGUCUGUGUUGUUGUGAUAUACUGGAACACACCAUUAAAGAAAAUUAGCAGUCUAAACUGGAUUUAUUCCAGCUUUAACCAAAGUCGUGUUGUGAAAGAUGAAGAGUGAAACUGCUGUUUCAGUUUGUACUUUUGUAGCCGAUGCAUGAGGAAGUUUUGUAAGAUGUUGCCCAUGAGUGUUAUUCAUUUUCGUCAAAGAAAUUAAAACUCCAGUGGUCAA